AUGUUUUUACCACCACCACCACGUGAGUGCAACGCAACCAUCAAGAAGAAAGAAUUGGACCUUUUCUUCGCUCGACGCCAGCUGGAACACCGCAUCCCCGAUAUAGUGCCAUCUCUGGAGGAUUUUGCGAAGAAAUCAGCUGCCACCGAGGCCAAGAAACACAAGGUAGCCCAAGACAAGAAGCUCGGCAGCAUACUUCGGGAGCGGGAAUCGACGACUAUUCCCCCAAGCACCUUCGUGACAAACCUCUCAUCCCGACAUCUCUCAACCCCGGAGUUAGCCGCACUAGCCAAGGGACAUGGUUUCAACAUCUCAGCCAUUCCCCCUAUCUCGAAGAUAGUCGCUGCAUUCGAGGACGGGAUUCAACACCUUGAAGCCGGCGCCCUUCAAGAGACCCGUCUCAAGGUAAUAGGAGUUCUUUCCAAGAUACCGGCUCGGCUAAGCAGCAACCUUCCUGACGAAGAGAGGAAGGCUCUCAUUGAUUUGAAGAAGGACAGGACCAUCGUAGUCCUACCGGCCGACAAAGGUAACAGCACGGUCGUCAUGGAUCGCGCUGACUAUGAGAAGAGGGCAGGAGAACUUCUGAACGGGGAGGCUUACUCCAAGAUGAAGAAAGAUCCGACUCCUCAAACCCAAACCAAUCUGAACAGACUUUUAUCGCAAAUCUUCACCAAUCAUCCCGAUUUGAAAAACCUCUACCUGAAGUUGAUUUGCAGAAACGGAUCCGCCCCGAGUUUCUACGGCCUCCCAAAGGUCCAUAAAACGGGACUUCCUCUCCGACCAAUCGUCGAUUUCACCCGCUCCCUCCUACGGGCUCUGUCAUCCUAUCUUCACAUGACAGACCAGUGGGCAGCCCUGGGGGCCUCGAUAUCGGGAACAGUGGCAGCUCUCGUAAUGGAGGACAUCGAAAAGCGAGCGCUUGCCGUGUGUGACCCCAAGCCCAAGUUGUUUGUUUGCUAUGUAGAUGAUUGCUUCUGCGUGGUGAAAUCCGGCGAGGCCAGCAACCUGCUCGCCCGUUUGAACUCCGUGGAUCCCCACAUUCAGUUCACAGCGGAGAUGGAGACCCAUUCAACCCUCCCGUUCCUGGAUGUGUUGGUGCCCACACCUUUUACCGCCUAA